AUGGAAUACUCUACGAAUAAACAAAUACUUUUUGGUCCAGAUUGGGACAUCAAUCACUGGUCCGCUUCCGACGACCGCGUUCGUGGUGGAUCAUCUAUAUCGAAACUCGAGCCUACCAAUGAAGGGGUAAUUUUUCACGGCAACCUCGACAUUGAGACACUCGGCGGCGCCGGGUUCGCCUCACAACGCACGGUCGGAAACGAACAAAUAUGGGACCUCAGCGGAUAUGACGGUAUUGAGCUACGCAUUGUUCCAUCGGACGGAAAACGAUACACUUUCUCCCUAGCAGACGAAAUCCCACAACGGCGGCCGAAUGAUCGCGAACAGAGCGCUCUUGUCUGGGAAUAUGAUUUUUGCCCGAGGGAGACAGGCCGCGAAGUUCGUAUGUCAUGGAAGGAUCUGAGACCGACAUAUCGGGGGAAGGCGGUAGAAGAUGCCCGGCCAUUGGACUUGUCGCACAUAAGGAGGUUUCGGAUCAUGAUGCGAAGUUUCUUUGGGAAUCAACAUGGUGAAUUUAGCCUAAAGGUUCAAUCGAUUGGAUUGUUUCGCAAGAGUUACGUUGAUACUCCUAAUAUCGCAAAAGAGUCAAUCUACUAUGGUGACGAGAAAGCAGAGCCGGUGAAAAGUCGACGGGAUAGAAGGUGGUUUUUGAGUUGGUGCCCAUCGUUCUAA